AUGAAUAACAAUAAUCAUCUCACGAUGAGACCUAUAGCAUUGCUUUCUUUUUUGCUUUGGUGCACCAAUAUUAUUAUUUUGGUGGAAUCGUCGUCGCCCGGUCCACGAAAAUUGGUCAUGGGAGUGGACGGUGGCACUGAAUCCAUCCGAGCGUGCCUCUUUGAUGCCCACAAUGGAGCCAUUGUCGGAACAUCCUGUGCGACUCCCUACCCAACCAAUCAUCCACAUCCUGGAUGGGCCGAACAAAGCCCGGCCGAUUGGUACGAGCGACUCGGUGCUUCAGUCCGAGGGGCGCUGGAAUCUCUUGCUACAGGUGAAACAGAAGAAUACGAAAUUUGUGCCAUUUGUCUGGAUACCACCUGCUGUUCCGUCGUUGUGUUGGAUCAAGACCAUCAACCCCUCCGUCCAGCGCUCCUAUGGAUGGAUGCUCGAUCGGCACCCCAAACCAAGGAAAUUCUGCAAAAAUGCAAGGGCAAUCCCGCCUUGAAUAUCAACUGUGGAGGGCAGGGACCCCUCUCGGCCGAAUGGAUGACACCCAAGUGUCUAUGGGUGCAUCAGAAGGAACCCGAGAUUUGGAAACAAGCACACACAAUCUGCGAGUAUCAAGAUUUUCUCAAUUACAAAUUAACGGGCAAAAUGGUGGCCAGUUCCUGUAAUGCGGCGACACGGUGGCAUUGGAAUGGGGAAGAGUGUAUUCGCACUGAUGAUAAUGGCAACAAUAGCAAGAAGGGGCGACCCAUGGCGCUUUACAAGACUUUGGGAAUUCCGGAAUUGGCGGACAAGUUGCCACAAACGUGUCUCCCCAUGGGUGCCGUGGUGGGGGGACUCACCGAGGAAGCUGCGAAACAUCUCAAUCUACCAAAGGACCUGCCCGUGAUACAGGGUGGAGCCGACGCCUUUGUGGGCAUGAUCGGACUAGGGUGUAUUCAUCCGGGACAGUUGUGUCUCAUUACCGGAUCGUCACAUUUGCAUUGUGUCGUCACAUCCAAACCUUCCACGGCACCAGGUAUCUGGGGUGCCUAUCCGGGAGCCCCAAUGCCAGGCAUGAACUUUGCCGAAGGAGGCCAGUCGUCCACGGGUAGUAUAGUGCGAUGGGCCAAGAGCAAGUUGUUUCAACAAGGAGACAGUUUGUCGUACAAAGAUUUGGACGAUGAGGCGGCUAAAAUACCACCCGGUUGUGACGGGCUGGUGGCGCUAGAAACCUUCCAAGGAUCGCGGACUCCCGUCACGGAUCCAUUGGCGCGGGGAUCCCUUGUAGGCCUGACACUCUCGCAUUCCCGAGCACAUCUCUGGCGUGCCUUGAUGGAAGCUGUUUGUUUUGGAACUCGCGCUUGUGUCGAAGGUUUGGCCAAUGCAGGUCAUGUCGCGGAUGAAAUUAUCAUUGCCGGUGGGGCUACUCGGUCACCGCUGUGGUUGCAGAUGCAUGCCGACAUUACCGGCUUGCCGGUUGUGGUGUGUGAAAAUGGUGAUGCACCACUGCUAGGCUGUGCCAUUUUGGCCAGUAUCGGCGUGGGUAUUCACGAGGACGUGGAUACAGCUGUCAAAGCCAUGGUACGACAAUCAAGACGCGUCGUCCCCAAUGAGAAUGACAAACAAACCUACAAAAGCUUGUACAAUCAAGUGUACUCCAAGCUGGGAGAUGCUACCCGUCCGAUUGCUCACGCCAUUGCCGACUUGCGUGGAGGCGGUAUUGAUGAUCAUGGUGAUGACAAGGCAAAGAAGAGACGAGUUGUCAUAUCACCUUCAUUGCUGGCAGCCGACUGGUCAAACAUUAGAGGUGAAGUGGAGAAGUGUAUCAAAGCAAAAGCAAGCAGGCUUCAUGUAGAUGUCUUUGAUGGGGUGUUCUUAGACUCCCCCCAUGCUUUGACUUUUGGACCUCAAAUGGUGCAAGCGAUUCGACGUUCUUGUGAUAAUUGCGACAGCCAGGCCGUGUUGGAUCUUCACAUGUGUGUGGAGCGUCCCCUUCGGUAUGUGCAGCCCAUGGCAGAUGCCGGUGGCGAUCGUUUCAUCUUUCAAUGGGAAGCCAUGGGAGGCAGCGACACGGGCGCUCUGCAAGAAGCCAUUCGACUGGCCAAAGCAGUCAUAUCCUCUGGGAUGCAGUGUGGUGUGUCCAUCAACCCUGGUACCGACGUAGAAUCCAUCCAUCCAUUGUUGGAAACAGGUCUUGUCGAUUUGGUAGAUAUCUUGGCAGUGGAGCCGGGAUUUGGUGGUCAAAAGUUUCAACCGCGAGCAUUGCAAAAGUUGAGAGAUCUAAAAGAAUGGAGGGACCAAGAAAGAGACCGAAGAAAGUUUGAACUGUUGGUGGAUGGUGGCAUCAAUGAGCACACGGCUUCAUCAGCGGUGAAAGCAGGUGCCGGUAUCCUUGUUGCUGGGACGUACUUGUUCAAGCAUCCUGAAGGGUUGCGGGCGGGAGUAGAGGAGAUCACAGCCCCGUCACAUGGAGGCGCGCAGUCGUGA